AUGACCAAAGCCCAAAUCAUCACCGUCGGCGUGCUCGCCCUCCAAGGCGGCGUGGUCGAGCACCUCAACCUCCUCCGCAAGGCCACCUCCCACGUGCAGUCCCCCGACAGUAUCCGCUUCACUUUCACCGAAGUGCGCACGGCACCCCAACUCGCCCAAUGCGACGCUCUGAUCAUCCCCGGCGGCGAGUCCACCACAAUGGCCAUCGUGGCCCGCCGGCUGGGGCUGCUCGACCCGCUGCGGGAGUUUGUGAAGGUGCAACACAAACCAGUCUGGGGCACCUGCGCGGGGUUAGUGAUGCUCGCCGAGCAGGCGGCCGCGACCAAGCAGGGCGGGCAGGAACAGAUUGGGGGUCUGGACGUGAGGGUGUUGCGGAACCGGUAUGGCACGCAGAUGCAGAGCUUUGUGGCCGGGCUGGACUUGGGUUCGAUUCUUGGGGAGGACGCGGCGCCAUUUAGGGCGGUGUUUAUUCGCGCGCCCGUGGUGGAGGAAGUUAUCGCGGAGGCGGGUUCGCAAAAGCAGGGGCAUAGGGUUGAGGUGUUGGGGCUUUGUCGGGGGCCCGGGGGGCAGGUUGAGGGCGAGGGGAAGGGGGAUAUUGUGGCGGUGAGGCAGGGGAAUGUGUUUGGGACGAGCUUCCACCCGGAAUUGACGGAUGAUGUGAGGAUACAUGUAUGGUGGUUGGAGCAGGUGGCGGAUGCGGUUAGGCAUGGGAAGUUGGUUGUUGAAGGCGUUUAA